AUGGAAGAAGAAGCCGCCCAAGCCGCUGCCGCCUCUUCUGCCGCUUCUGAAUCUUCUUCGGCUCAGCAAAAGCAAAUGACCCUAUUCAUGCUUUAUUUGGUUAUUUUCUUGCUGGAAUAUAUCGUCUAUAAGCGAAAUGAAGCCAAAAAAGAACUCGCCAAAAUCCACCAAGAAACCAAGCAAAAAAUCAAAGAAGAAACCAAAACCUACGAGGAAAAGACCGAAAAAACCAAACAAGAAUACCUCCAAAACCAACAAAAAACCCUCACCAAACUCAACCAGCAACAAAAACCCCACCAAACCCAAAAAACCUUAGAAAGCGAACUAAAACAAGCCCAAGAACAACUUGAAACUACCGAAAACACCCAUCAAAAAGAACAAACCCAAGCCAAAAUCAACGAAAUAAUCCAACAACUCCAAGAAAUCAAGCAAAACCCGCUUACUUCGGCAGUAGAUAUAGAUGCCCUGGAAACCAAAGAACCCGCAACCAAUGAACUCCAAAAACUAACUGCCCUUAUCGAACCACUCCCACUCAACGAAGAAACCGCUAACCUUUUGGCUAACCUCCAUCUUACACCCGAACAAACUUUCGCCAUUUCCCUCCAAGCUGACCGAAUGAAAUACCACCAAGCAGAACUCCAAGCCAAUUACGACAAAUUAACCAAUCUCCAAAAACUCAAACUCCUCAACGCCGGCUUAAACUCUCUCGGUCUAAAAUCCUCCGAAAGCCAACAAACUCUCGCUCAAAUUCGCCAACAAAUCCACCAAGAAGCCCAAAACUUCGACCUCGCCUUCCAAGAAAAAGAAAACAUUCUCCGCUUAUUAAUCACCAAUUUAAACCUAACUGCCGAACAAAGAAACGCCCUUGAAGAUAUCGGCGUUAGUUUCUUUGAUGCUUCCAAUUGGCAAGUAAGCGAACAGCAAAAAGAGAGCUUGCUUAGUUUCGGCUUAGAGAAGGUUAUUUUGACCUCCGAACAAAAGCAAGAAUUGGCUAACCUUAGCCCGGAAAGACUGAAAACUUUCCCUUUCACUGAGCCACAAAAAACUAUCCUCCAAAGCUUAGCCCCAUUAACCAAAGAGUUUAAGUAUUCACCGCAAUCCCUUGAACUAAUUCGCUCUCUUGGCUUAAAGGCAACUAACUUGAGUUUUCUUGUGCAAGAAGAAAUUCUCCCUGACCCCAACACCCAAUUUGAUACUGCCCAACUAACCCCCGAAGAAGCCUUGAACUCAAGCAACGAAGAAGAAUUAAGAAAACAAUUCACUGAAUACCAAAAAACUAAGCAAACUACUCCAAAAGAGGCCGCCAAGUCUCCUUCCCGCUACGACAAUCUCUUCUCUAAUCUCGACCAAGAAACCGCCGAACACCAACGCAAAAAACAAGCCCGCGAAGCCGCCCGCAAAAAACUCGAACAAACCAAAUUAGCCCGUCGCCAGCAACAACUCCACGAAAAAGAUAAAAAAAUCCAAGAGGAAGAAGAAAACCGCCAAAGAGAAAGAGAACUGGACGCCCAAGAAGCCGAAAAAAGACGCCAAUUACAAGCCGCUCGUGAUAAAGAGUUAUUUGAACAAGAACAAACCCGCCUCCAAGCCCGCACCGAACAAAUCGAACGUAACCAAAAACUUGCCCAGCAAGCCCUAGAAACCAAGCAAAAAGAAAUGGAAUUAGAAGAACAAAAGCAACGCCAACAAAUCCAAGCCUUAGAAGCCCAAAAUAAACUCGAACAGGAAAAAUUAGCCAAGCAAGCCCAACUCUUAACCGAAGAAACCCGCAAACGCCUCGAAGCCGUCGCCUUAGAAGACCAAGAACAACGCCAAAGAAUCGAACUAGAAACCGCCCAAAGAAAAGCCUACCUAGAACAAGAAAUGCUCCAAGAACGCCGAAGACACGAAAGAGAAUUAGCUGUCAAAGAACAAGAACUCCAACGCAAAAAAGCCGAACAGCAAGCCGAAAUAACCAGAAUGCAACAAGAAGCUGCCCUCAUGCAAAGACAAGAGCAAGAAUUAAGGCAACAAGCCGAACAAAUGCGUGUUAUGGCUCGCCGGCAAGAACAAAUUGACCAGCAAAGGAGAGCGAAUAGGAUUUCUCUAGAAUAUAUUCACGAACAAGCCAUGGAUUAUGUUUUAGGCUAUUAUCCGCUGGAAGAUGAAUUUCGGGAAGCAAUCCAAGUAGCUAACGAAUGA